CAUUCAUAUGGAGAUGUGGGACUAUAAAUAGGAGGGAUGGAGCCAGCAGAGAUCAGAUUCUCUCUACAGAGACCUGGACAGCACAGAGAUCCAGACAUGGCCCCUACAAUCACUGCAGCGAUGACCAGUUCUCAGGAGCACCUGACUCUGACCCACAAGCUCAGAAAGCCUCUGGUGGAGAAGUUACGCAGAGAGCGAAUCAACAGCAGCAUUGAGCAGCUCAAGUCUCUCCUGGGUCCAGAGUUCCUCAAACAGCAGCCAGACUCCAAGCUGGAGAAAGCAGACAUCCUGGAGAUGACAGUUUGCUUCCUCAGACGGCUGCAGCAGCAGCACCAAGCUGUGGAGUCAGCAGCUGUGGAUCAGGGCUACUCCAGGUGUGUCCAGGAGGUGGCACACUUCCUGUCCAAGGAGGAGGUGAAGACGCAGUCUCAGAGAAGACUGCUGAGCCACUUCAACAAGCUGCAGUCUUCCUCUGAGAAGAACCUGAGAGAGGCAGACUUCUGUCCUCUGAGCUCCACAGUCCAGACCAGCAUCAGCAAAAAGGACAGUCCAGUCAACAUCGCCCCCUGGAGGCCGUGGUAGACACCUACACACUGGACUUACUACCAGACAAACUGAGGUGACCACAUUGGUCAAAGAUCACUGAAAUGGUUUUUUUGAAAUGUCACAGACUUGUUCUUCUGUAUGAACAGAAGGUUGUGUGUUGUGUUUAUUCCAACAUGACAUUUCUUAAAGAAAGGAUAAAAAUAUCUUUCAAGUUAAGAAAGAAAAUAUUUUGUCAUGCAUGUUGCAUGAAUCAACUGAUUGCAUCAGCAAUUAUUAUUAAACCGCACUGUACUUCAUGCACUCUGGUAGUGUUAUAAUGCUAUGGUAACGUGUGUUACCUCUUGACUGGUACUGAUCAUUGUGAUCAAAUGUUUUAAAUGUCAUAUGACUUCACUUUAAUCUUUCUGAUUAGUCAAAACUGAUCUGUUGUAAGAUUCAAUUGUUUAUACUUUUUUCUAAAAGUUUUCUUUAAUUUCACAAUUUUCUUGUGACACUUUUAUGCUUCGGUUUGCAACAUGUAUUGAUAAAAUAUAAUGCAAAUGCUGUUUAUAGAAAUUGAUCAUUUUGAUCAAAGACCUUACUUAUGUUUUGAUUCACAUUUUGUCAAAUUGGACUUUUCCUCAUGUUAUGUGAUCACUGAAAACUGAUCUGCAAUUAUUAUUAAACCUUCAUGCACUCUGGUAGUGUUAUAAUGUUAUGCUAACAUGUGUUACGUCUUGACUGGUACUGAUCAUUGUGAUCAAAUGUUUUAAAUGUCAAUGACUUCACUUUAAUCUUUCUGAUUAGUCAAACUGAUCUGUUGUAAGAUCCAGAUGUUUAUGCUUUUUCUCAAAGCUUUACGUAAUAUCAGAGUUUCCUUAAGAAUGAGUACACCUUGUCAUGUAUGUUGCGUGAAUUAAAUCUGAUUGUAUUAGCAAUUAUUAUCAUAACUGACUGUACUUGACAUACUGGCAGAAAGCAAUGUUAUUGUGUCAUUCAGCUUUCUGUGAUUUUUAUGCAUUUACUCUGUGAUUAGCUUAGACCAGAUUUGGUCUAAGCUCAAAAUGUUGAUCUAUUUUGCAUAUAAAAGUUUACAUAUCACAGUCACAAUUUUCUAUUGACUAUUCUCUUUGAAACGCAUUUGUUUUCAUACAAUGCAAUAACAUUCUGCUCUGUUUUAAGGGCAGUUUUACUGUCCUGCUUCCUUAAUUAAGAGCAAAUUAUUGACUUGUUUGAAAAUGAUAUUUCUGAGCAAUUUAUUUUCUCUUUCAUAAAGACAGUUGUUCCUUUAGUCUCUCUGAGUGUGUCUGUCAGAAAUCUACAAGUUGCCAUUGUGAUGUAUCAUCACCAGUCAUUAUAAUUCAUAUGGCUCAUUGGUGCUUUGUAAAAUAAACAAACACU